ACUUCAUCCCGCGAUUUCUAGACUCAUGGACAUCGUGUUUUAAAUAUGAACGAUUUUGGACACACCGAUAUGUUGAACACGGAUUCCUCGAGGGUGUCAGGAGAUACUGGCUUCAGUGAAUUAUUACGGUCAGCAGAACAAUUAUCCGCUGCCGUUGAAGGUACUGAAGAACUUCCUCAAGUUGAGAGAAACCUUCGUCAAAUAUUAGAAGCCUCGAAUGAACUUUGGUCUCGUGUCACACAAACCGGCACUCAAGAUAAUCAAGUUCAGGCGCAUCUCCUGCUUGGAUCACGAGGCGUUGAUUUACCUCAGAUAUCACAAAAAUUAAGUUCACUUAGUGCUAGACGUACUUUUGAGCCUUUAGAUCCUAUUGCAGAUACAGAUAUAGUAAGUUACCUUAGAAAUGAAAAGGAAAAUGCUAUUUUGUCGAUCAUUGAACAAGUUCACAAGGAUACAUUUGAACUUACCAGAGUUCAACAAAUGGAACACAUGCUGGGGGAAUGGAAGCAAAUGCGAUUUGAAAUAAUUAAUGCUAUGACAGCUCCAUCCGGGGAGCUGGUAGAUUUACGAGGUACUCCUCAACGCACUAAGCUAGCUGGAUCAAUGGUCAGUGGCUUGUCCAGUGUGGAAGUAGCUUAUGUUAAGGAAUUACAAAAUUACAAUGAUCAUGUGCUUAGAGGAAUAAGUAGACCAAGUCUAUUCAAUGCAUUCUGCAAGGCAGCAGAAUCAUUCAAUGAUAAAAAAAUUGUAGACCUUUGGCAAAUGGUUAAAUAUAUGGUGGACAUUCCACCGAUUCCCAGGGAAGAUCAAAUUAAAUCUAGAAGUACUCCUAUUGUUGAGAAAAAAAUCGUAUUACAGGCUAGAAAAUAUUUAGAAAACAGAUACAGGGAAUUUAUGACUUCGGUUAUUAGUGAAAACUUGGCACAGGCUAAGAGAGGUGGUAUUCCAGGCACUGUGCCACUAGUGAAAAGUUUUGUAAGCGUUAAAGUACAAAAUUUGAGAGAUCUAGAAGAUGUUAUGGUAGAAGGAAAACCAUUGUGGCCUUUAGUUUAUUAUUGUAUGAGAGUUGGCGAUUAUAAAGCUGCACUACAAUGUCUUAAUCAGUGCAAUACAGAGUUCCCAGAGUUUAAAGUUGCUCUGGAAGAAGCUUGUAAUGAUCCGGAAAGACAUCCUGGCAGUUAUGCAGAGUCAAAUCUAAAACUGCAUUACAGAAAGCAUGUCAGAUCAGUUACUGAUCCAUAUAAAAGAGUAGCAUACUGUGCAUUGGUUCCUUGUGAACCCGAUGACUUGCAUUCGGAUGUAAUUUGUACAGCAGAUGAUUAUUUAUGGUUAAAAUUAUGUCAAGUUAAAGAUCAGCCGGACACUGAAAAUAAAUUAAAAUUAGAUUAUUUACAAACCACGAUAUCAGAAAUAUACGGGGAAUCAUAUUAUCAUGCACAUGAGCAACCGUUCGUGUAUUUUUCAAUGCUAUUCUUAACUGGUCAGUUCGAAGCUGCCAUAGAAUUUCUAGCGAGAGGCGCUGGAGCAAGGCACUUGGCGCAUGCAGUGCAUUUAGCGGCUGCCAUGCACGAACACAAUUUACUAGGAGUUAGUCAGAGUGUUUUAGCGCCUCUGUUAAGCGUUGAUCCUGCGGAUAAACCACCUGCGAAAAGAUUGAACUUCGCUAGAUUGAUUUUGUUGUACGUGAAGAGAUUUGAUUCCACAGAUCCGAAGGAAUGCUUGCACUACUUAUUCUUGUUGAGAAACAUGAAAGAUCCACAUGAACGCAACAUGUUCGCUGCAUCAGCGGCAGAAAUGGUCGUCGAUGAUUUACCUGCAAACAGAACUCUAUUGGUUGGAAAAAUAGAGAAGAAUCGUUGGGUACCAGGGGUUUUAGAUCAAUUCCAAAUUAACACACAAGACGUGAUAAACAUAAGCGCGGAUACGUUAUAUAGGAAAGGUCUUCUAGAAGAUGCUGUAACAAUGUACGAUCUCGCCGGUAAUCACGAGAAGGUUCUUAGUUUAUUGUGCACACUCUUGGCGCAAGUAGUUAGUCAAAGCUCUUCUGCAUUGAGAUCUCGAUUGCAAGUCACCUCUAAUGACAUAAGUACAAGGUACCAGAAUAUCGAGAUACAGGCGUCGUCUGAAUUAGUCUCCGCAUUUCAUACUUUAAAGCAUCUAAUGGUAUUCUUUGAUCAGUUUCACAAUAAACAGUACCAAAGUGCUCUUAGGACUAUCGCAGAGUCAAAAUUGUUACCUUUAAAUGUAAAAGAAGUUGAUGAAAGAGUGAAUGCUUUACGGCGUGUAUCGCCAGAAGUGGCUGGUACAUUGGCAGAUGUUCUCUUGGCAACUAUGACUAUACUCUAUUGUCAGUACCAAAAGUUACGAUCCGGAGAACCCGGCGAUGAAGAAGCAAGGAAACAACAACUUCUAGAUCUCCGAGAACAAGCGCGCGCGUUAACGAGUUUUGCUGGAACGCUUCCGUAUCGAAUGCCAAAUGAGACUAACAGUAAACUUGUACAAAUGGAAAUACUUAUGUGCUGAACAUUAAAACUUCGGUGUGUUUUUUUAUUACUUUAUUUUAGAGAGUAUUUUGAGUAAUGCAUUAGAGAUACUUAUGCAGGUACCUACUGAAUUUGUGGAGCACGAAAACAAAUCAGUGUUUUAUUUUAUUCAUGCUUGGAGCAUUAUGAAUGCAGUGUAUAUAUAUAUUUUUUUUGUACUUCCAUAACGUAAACGCAAAGAACAUUGUAAACAUAAUAAAUGUAUUGUUUCCUAAGAAUUACAGCUAAACAUUACAGAAUAAAUAUA